ACCCUCGUCUCUGUCCAGAGCAGCAACUACCAACUAAGCACUGCAAAACCCAUAAAAAACCCUUUCCAUGCGAAUCCUUUGUCACUUGGGACGUUCGACAACCUCAAACAUGUCAUCUUUCUUCUAUUUCGGUUGAUGGGGUUUUGAUUUUAAUGUGUCCAUGUUCCAUGUUUUGACCAUCCAUCAAUUUUCCUUCAUUUCAAGGGUCAUGAAGCAAGAAUUCACUAGUCUUUGAAGAGGGUCAUGCUUUCAUUUCUACAUGGCAUCACCAACCUGAUGACUCUCUCACUCUUCACGAGGAUUCAAGCUUCCAAGAUAGCACUUGCUCGUUGCUUCACUCUUACUCAGUUAACAUAUGCUUCCUGUGAUAAAGGGUCAAUCACAAAACCUGAAGCUUGGUUUGUCAAGAUUGUUUCUACUCUCUUUCUUCACUCAAACUCAUUGGAUACUAGAGUUUUGAGUUAUUUUGGUAAGCAUUUAACUCCUUCACUUGUUUUAGAGGUUGUUAAAAGGCUAAACAAUCCCAUUUUGGGUUUCAAGUUCUUUCAGUUUACCAGGGAGAAGUUGAAUGUGCAUCAUUCAUUUUGGACUUAUAAUAUGCUUUUGAGGUCCCUAUGUCAAAAGGGUCUCCACAGUUCAGCAAAACUGCUAUAUGAUUGUAUGAGGUUUGAUGGGAAGUUGCCUGAUAGUAGGUUGUUGGGGUUUUUGGUUUCUUCUUUUGCAUUGGCUGAUAGGCUUGAUGUUUCCAAGGAAUUACUUGCUGAAGCUCAGUGCAAUAAGGUUCAAGUAAAUGCUGUUGUUUAUGAUAACUUAUUGAGUGUCUUGGUAAAACAUAAUAAGUUAGAUGAUGCCAUUUGUCUAUUUAGGGAGCUUAUGAAAUCACAUUCGCAUCUUGAGACUUCCACGUUUAACGUUUUAAUGGGAGGUUUGUGUAGUGCCGGCGAUGUUGAUGAAGCGUUUAAGUUUCUCAAUGGUAUGAGAAGUUUUGGUUGUUCCCCUGAUAUAGUUACAUAUAACACUCUUCUACAUGGUUUGUGUAGAAUUAAGGAGGUCGAUAGAGCAAGAGAUUUACUAAAAGAAGUUGGUUUAAAAAGUAAGUUUUCCCCUAAUGUUAGAAGUUAUACAACAGUGAUAUCAGGUUAUUGCAAAUUGAGUAAGAUGAAGGAGGCGUCUUCUCUUUUUGAUGAAAUGGAUAGAUCCGGAACUAAGCCUAAUGCAUUUACUUUUAAUUCCCUUAUUGAUGGCUUUGUAAAAGUAGGUAACAUGGAUUCUGCACUAGGUAUCUACAAGAAGAUGCUCUUCCACGGUUGUCCUCCUGAUGUUGUUACUUUCACUUCCCUAAUUGAGGGUUAUUGCCGAGUUGGGAAGGUUAACUAUGGUUUGGACCUGUGGCACGAAAUGAAUACGAGAAAUAUUUCCGCAAGUUUGCAUACUUUCUCUGUUCUUAUCAGUUAUCUGUGCAAGAGCAAUAGACUACAAGAAGCUCGUGACCUUUUGAGACAAUUGAAGCGGACUGACAUUGUUCCACAGCCUUCUAUCUACAAUCAUGUCAUUGACGGAUAUUGUAAAUCUGGGAAUGUUGAUGAGGCUAAUGCAAUUGUAGUAGAAAUGGAGGAGAAAUGCAAACCUGAUAAGUUUACAUUUACUAUUCUUAUUGCUGGGCAUUGUAUGAAAGGAAGAGCACCUGAUGCAAUUGUCAUCUUUUACAAAAUGUUGGCAACUGGUUGUUCCCCAGAUGAAAUAACUGUUAGAAUUUUAAGUUCCUGUCUUUUGAAGUCUGGAAUGCCUGGUGAGGCUGCCCGCAUUAAGGAAAGCCUACAUGAGAACCAGGGAGAUUCACUUAAAAAAUCUUAUUAUGAAGGUACAAAUUCAGAUGUGCCAUUUUCGGUUCAUUAAAUCACUGCCGCAAAUCAGUGAUUGGACAUUUCCCUGGAAGAAUACAUUCAUCAUGCAGCGCUCAAUUAUGUUCUGGAGAUUAUCAGAAAGGGAAUUUGAAAUUCCAAUUCCUCCUAAAUUUUGCUGAUCUUAUUGGAACUUGCAGGUUCAUGGACAAUGCGGGGUCUAUUAGAUUUUGGUAGUACUUGGAAUGGCAGGUGUCAUGCUUGACAAUUCUCUGACAUAACACAUAUUGACAAUGAGUUUACUUGGUAGUUAACAAGCGACGCUUCCUGAAUUGCAUUUUGGAUAUAUGGUUUAACUUACCACCCCUAGAGCACAAAGCUUGCUGGAUGUCACUAAUGGUAAUGAGACAAGGUUUGUCAUGUUGAAUGAGAAUUCAUGUUUAAAGUUCAACUUAUCAUGUGGCAAACCAUUGGGUUUAAGUAAUGCGUUGGGAUGAACUAGGUUUUGCACCACUUUUUAUUGUCCAACCUUUUUUGGCUAACAUGGUCUUAGCGAAUAGAAUUGUAACCUCUUAUCAGAUGUCACUAUUGAAUGGAUGAUAAAUGACUCUCAGGGAUUCCCCUGGUCUGGAACCAUGUAUAUUUCUUCUUGAGGUGAUCUAGUGCUAAUGAGGUAGGAAUGACCCCCAAGGAGUAUUGACCC